AUGGGGCUAGAGGGAGCUUGGCAGAUAAGACUUUUCCCAAGAUUUGUAUAUGGGAAUCUGAUGGGGAAGCUGAGGAUAUUUACUUGUGAUAUUAUCGAUGAUGUGGAGGCUUCGAUGUUCUACAGUGGCACAGGUUUCUGGCGAGCCCAAGAUGCCUGGCCAUACCAUAUCAAAAGGGCAUUAGAACUGCUAUUUGAUGCUCAAUCUUCAACUGGAUACUGUAUUGGGAAGCAUACUUCGAUAGUGAGAGAUCUUAAACCCAGUAAUUUCAAUCCCAAAGAGAAGUUAUGGACCAGGUUUCCACAGGAAGGAUAG